GCAGAAACUAAAAACAAAAGUGGAAAGUGGAAAGUUAGAGGUGUAGUUCUCUAACAAACAAUUUCCGGGUCGACGGUCUACCUAAGUGGCCCCAACUCAACUGCACUGGCCCACCGGACUUGAAAAUGCUUCACCGGUCUUACUCUGCCCUCUGAACACACACAAACCAACGCCGAUUCUCCUCUCCGCCUUUAGUUCAGACGACGACUCAUCGCCGCUGGGGCAGAUCGAAGCGAGGACGUCUUCGCUGAAUCCACCACAGACUCGCGUAUAUACUCGUCUAUCGCUGUUGAUAUUCGUGCAAGUUGGGGAAUCCACAGUGCGGGCAGCGCAAUUUAUUCACGAGAGAUGAAUGUGAGCCAGGGAGCGGUGCACCCUGUGGAGGCGCCGCCGCUGCAGACGGAUGGCGCGCCGAACGUGCCGCUGCCGCGCGUGAGGAUGAAGGAUCUCCAAGGUAUGCCGGGGACAGUCGGCGGUCUGGUGUUGCGCGUGUCUCAGUUUUUAUUCGCGAUUGUGGCGCUCUCCGUCAUGGCAACCACCAGUGACUUCCCAUCGGUUACCGCCUUCUGCUACCUCGUUGCUGCUGCUGGUUUGCAGAGCCUGUGGAGCCUUGUAUUAGCAAUUCUUGAUGCUUAUGCACUUCUUGUAGGACGCCGCUUGCAGAAUCCUCGAGUUGUUAGCUUAUUUGCUGUUGGCGAUGGGGUAACUUCUACCCUAACAUUUGCCGCCGCCUGUGCAUCUGCAGGCAUUACUGUUUUAAUUGGAAAUGAUCUUGGGGCCUGUGGCAAGAAUCAUUGCACAGAGUUUGAAACUGCAACAGCUAUGGCCUUCCUCAGCUGGUUUGCUGCCUUACCUUCUUUUUUGUUGAAUUUCUGGUCAUUGGCAUCAAGAUGAAGAACAUAUCUAUUAUCAUGCAAUAUUUUUUAAGUUUUGAAGGAUUAUUUGUAGUUUCCAUGAUUUCAUGUAGUCGUCUGUCCUCCGUGUGGUUAAUGAUAUAUACAACUCAGAAGUUGGUGCUGUCAUCUGUACAUACAUACAGUGAAAAUUGCAGUGCUAUUUUCUCUACGAGGAUUGGCUUGGUACUAUGUAAUUUCAAAAUUGUAAUGAAGAUAUUGUAUGAACAAUAACUAUUCUUUUCUGUAAUUAUGAAAGGGGGGAGAGUAGGGGUUUGGAAAUUUAACUUGUCUAAA